UGGCGAAAGUUUAAUCAAAAUGGAGAGUACAAAUGUUGUACAUUGUGCAGAUUGUGUUGUCCCUUUAUAUCACCUCUCAAUAUCCUGAUGUUCUGUAUUUUUGUCCACCUAUAAAAUACAGACAAAAUUUGUCACAGCAGCCUCUCAUUUUCAUGACCUCUACACAAAGAGAGAGAGAGAGAGAGAGGGAGGGAUCCUGUUUUGAUCAGGUGAAGACUGACGUUCAGAAAGCGAUCAAUAAAUUCUUCUUCAAAAAUGAGCUGGAAUUCACAGAUGGAAGUUCACUAUCCAAACCAUGCCAUGCCUUAUAAUUCAAUUGGAAGUUUUGUGGAUUAUUUUGGAGGUCUUACCUACGAUCAUGGAAAUUUCAUUUUUGCAGAUGCUACUUAUGUUCAGGAGAGUGCUUAUGCAGCAGCGAAUGCUAAUUUGUUCAAAUAUGCGAUUUCUGAACCUGGAAGUUUUUCAUACUAUGAAUAUUGGCCCGGUUAUGUGGUAAAUGAUCAAAUGAUUGGAAUUGAUGAAUAUAAUAAGCAUUUGGAAAGCCCUUCAUCGGUGGCUGAUGAUGCGGCUACAGUUUCACAUGUGAAUCAGGAAGGACAUUCGAGCUCCACUUCACCUGCUGAUCCGUUAGAGUGUCCUCGGAAUCAUCAGAAUACUCGUGAUUACGAGGCUGUUUGGCAAGACGACAUUGACCCUGACAACAUGACUUAUGAGGAGUUACUUGAGUUGGGUGAAGCUGUUGGAAAUCAAAGCAGGGGUCUUUCUCAAGAACUUAUCGCGCUGCUCCCAUUAUCGAAAUUCAAAUGUGGCUUAUUCUCAAGAAAGAGAUUCAGAGCUGAAAGGUGCGUAAUCUGCCAGAUGGAGUACAAACGACGUGAUAGGCAGAUGACUCUUCCUUGCAAACACGUCUACCAUGCAGGUUGUGGAAGCAAAUGGCUCAGUAUCAACAAAGCUUGCCCAAUUUGUUUCAAGGAGGUGAUUGUUAACGCUCCAAAGGACUAGAGCAAUAUUCUUAUCAGGAAUGGCGGCUUUACUUUUCCAUCUCGUUCAAGGUUUUACUGUUUUUUUCUACGACAUUUUUUCUUUGGUUUCUAUACCUAAUUUUCUUCGUUUCUUCUAUAUUAAAAUAUUGAAGUUCUGGGUAAAUAAGGUCAGUUUCCUCGAUAAAUUUUCAUUGGAAGUAUAUUUACCACAAUUUUAUAUGGUUUUCAUAUUUGAAAAUGCUUUAAGAAGUUGGUAGUACGAAAGCAGAAUCGAGAAGCCUCUGUUUUAAAGGCUGGACAUGGACACUUUACUCAUCUGGAAGCUCUAAACUUAAAAGCAAAAGAACUCAAUGAAAUUCUUUUCUUUCUUUC